AUGUUUUCUUGUUUCUGUUUCAGCAUUCAGGAUAAUUCCUUCACCACGACAGCCUUAGCAGAGUGCGAUGGGUAUUCAGACUCUGUAUAUGAAGAUCAAGAAGCCAGUUCCAGCCCCAGAGAUGAUGAUAACAAAGAAAAUUAUCCAGACAAUGCUGCUGUCUUAGAGGAAAGACAGCUGCCUUUGCAAGAUACUCAUCAGCAGAAGCAUCAGGCUGUAACUGACUACGCUCUAAAGCCUGAAAUGGGCAACUUAAAGCUAAGAAAACCCAAGCCCAUUGCAAAGCUAGAAAAUGGGAAAAGCCACGAGGAAAGUCAGGAGCUGGAAAGUGCAUUGCCAGGCCUCUCAGAGCAGCAGGGGAAGGCUGGAUCAUCAGCUCAUGACUAUGCACAGAACGUGGCUUUGAGACGCCAGGAAGCAGUCGUGAGAUUUCAACCAAGAAUAGAUCAGAACACAUGCAUUUCACCAAAAGAAGCAACUGAGCAAUUUAACAGCUUAAAUGAGAAUUCUUUGUUGAAGCUACAAGCCCUUGAAACCGAUCUGUGCUCUGCAUUUCUGCCAACCCAGGAAGAAACUCCUCAGCUGCCAGCACCCAAGGAUCCAGCCCCUUUGUUGGUCCAAACCAGUGUGCAAGCUGAUGGGGCCAGUUGUGGAGAGCCUGUGCCAGCCCACAGAGACUGGCAGAAUGAGACGGACAGCAGCCCACAAGAACAUCACUCCCUAGGGACCAGUCGGCUGCUGUACCACAUUACGGAUGGAGACAAUCCUCUUCUGUCACCACGCUGCUCUAUCUUUAGCCAAAGCCAGAGAUUUAACCUAGACACAGAGUCUGCCCCUUCUCCACCAAGUGCUCAACCUUUCAUGAUGCCAAGAAGUUCUUCUCGAUGUAACUGUGAAGAGUGCAAAGAACCACAAACAGUAGCACAGCUUACCAAGCAUCUUCAGAGUCUCAAGAGAAAAAUUAGGAAGUAUGAAGAAAAGUUUGAGCAAGAAAAAAAAUACCUGCCUUCACAUGGUGACAAGACUUCCAAUCCGGAAGUUCUGAAAUGGAUGAAUGAUUUGGCCAAAGGUCGAAAGCAGCUCAAAGAGUUGAAACUCAGAAUAUCAGAAGAGCAAAACUGUACCUCUAGAGCACCCCAAAGAAAUGAUCAUUGUGAAAGCACUGGGACCUCUAAAGAGGCUAGGACACAGGAGGCCACGAGUGUGGAACCAGCUCCCACAGUAGAAGAAACCAUGGACAGUGUAUUGAGACGAUUAAGGGAGAAAAGACAACAUUUUAACCUUCCUGAGGCUAUUAAGGACAUGACAAAAAAGCAAGUGGCUUUGGAAAAAAAAAUCAAUCUUCAGAAAUGUCUACUGUAUUUUGAGAGUAUUCAUAGACAACCUGUAACUAAGCAAGAAAAGAGUCUCAUGAAACCUCUUUACGACAGAUACAGAAUUAUCAAGAAGCUUCUCGCAACUCCAUCCUUGAUCACAACAAUUCAGGAGGAGGAAGACUCAGAUGAAGACCAUUCUCAAAGUGGCCACGAGUUAUCAUCCAGUCCAAUCUCUUGCCUCCCUGUUGAUGAGCACCUGUGUUACUCUCAGGAGGAGACUGAGCCUGCAUAUGUCUCACCUCUGGAUGAAAAGAAGGUUUUCAGGCAGACAGCCUCAUCUAUGUCCAAUUUACAUGAGGCAACAAUGCCUGUUCUGCUUGAACAUCUCAGAGAAACAAGAGCAGAUAAGAAAAGACUUCGCAAAGCUCUAAGAGAGUUUGAGGAACAAUUCUAUAAGCAGACAGGAAGGAGUCCUCAAAAAGAAGAUCGGGUGCCAAUGGCCGAGGAAUACUCUGAAUACAAGCACACAAAAGCCAAAAUCAGGCUCUUGGAGGUUCUCAUCAGUAAGCAUGAUAUUUCCAAAACAAUUUGAAGCAAAUGCAAUGCCAUGGUGGUGUUCUCUAG